CCUGCCGAGCGCGGAUUCCCACCGCCCCCUCCCUCGCCAUCCUCCAGCUCUGCCCUAUUGUUCUCCCUUCCCUCGCUCCCUCCUUCCGCCCGGGGCUCGCGUCCUCCCUCCGCUCUCCUCCAUCCCUCCCUCCUCCUUCUCGCUGUCCCUCCCGCCCCGCUCUCCGGAGCUGAUGUCACGCACCCGCUGAAGGCGCGGGCGAUCAUGGCUGCUGCUGCUGCCGCCGCGGCCGUGCCGCCGGCCUCCAGCUAAUGCCCGCGAUGGAGCCGGCGAGCCUGCUGCGGUUCCUGCGGAAGCUCAAGGAGGUUUUCGACGUGUGCGACGAGGACGCGGACGGCUUCAUCCGAGUGGAGCACUUCGUCGCCCUCGGGCUGCAGUUCGGCCAAGGGGAUGAGGUGGAAAAACUGGCAAAGUACUUGGACCCAAAUGAUUUGGGAAGAAUCAAUUUUAAGGACUUCUGUCAUGGAGUUUUUGCUAUCAAAGGCUGUGAAGAGUUACUAAAGGAUGUCCUGUCUCCUGAAAACUCUGGGCCUCGACAUUACAAGCCACAAUAUGUUGAUUACUAUUACCAGGGUGGUGAAAUCCAGGACUGUGCCUACUUGGACAGCGAAAGCGCCUACAGUGAGUCGGAGCUCUUUCCUGAUGACGACGCGAUGACUCUAGCACAGCAAGAGGUUCACCAUGAGUCUGACAUGGACAGUGCUAUUGAGAGUGCCCAGAGCUCGGAGGCCUCCGACGUGUGUCGGAGCGAGGAGAAGGACGGUGUGCUUGGUGGCCUGUUUCUGCCUGGUGACAAGUCAAGUCCUCACAACCCUUCUGCAGCAUCUGACCUCUCAACUUAUUCCACCGCCUCUCUGAUCAGUAAUGAAGAACAGUUUGAAGACUAUGGGGAAGGAGAUGAUGUGGAUUUUACUCCCAGUAGCCCCUGCCCUGAUGAUGAGACCAGAACCAACGCCUACUCUGACCUUGGCUCAUCUGUAUCUUCCAGUGCUGGCCAAACACCCCGAAAAAUGAGGCAUGUUUAUAACAGCGAGUUACUGGAUGUUUACUGCUCACAGUGCUGCAAAAAGAUAAAUCUACUCAACGAUUUGGAAGCCAGGCUGAAAAACUUGAAAGCAAACAGCCCUAACAGGAAAAUAUCAAGCACAGCUUUUGGAAGACAACUCUUCCACAACAGUAACUUCAGCAGCAGUAAUGGCAGCACAGAAGACCUGUUCAGAGACAGUAUAGACUCCUGUGAUAAUGAUAUCACUGAAAAGGUAACGUACCUAGAAAAAAAGGUGACAGAACUGGAGAAUGAUAGCCUGACAAAUGGUGACCUGAAGAGCAAACUGAAACAAGAGAACACACAGCUAGUUCACAGAGUUCAUGAGCUAGAAGAACUGUUGAAAGACCAAGAAACAUCAGCAGAACAGACCCUGGAAGAAGAAAUAAAGAGACAUAGAGAAGCAUAUAGCAAGUAUGAAAAAGAGAAAGGCACCGAAAUUGAACUGCUAAACACAAGGGUUCAGCAACUGGAAGAAGAAAAUGGUGAGCUGAAAAGCGCUGUCACACGACUGAAAUCACAAACGGAGAGAUUAGAUGAGGAAAGGCAACGCAUGUCAGAUAGGUUGGAAGACACUAGUCUGCGACUGAAGGAUGAGAUGGAUUUGUACAAGAGAAUGAUGGACAAGCUGCGGCAGAACAGACUGGAAUUUAACAAGGAGAGGGAAGCCACACAGGAGCUCAUUGAAGACUUGCGGAAGGAACUGGAGCACUUGCAGCUGUACAAGCUGGAAUGUGAGCGUCCUGGACGUGGGAGAAGUUCUUCAUCCAGUGUGAGUGAAUUCAACGCCAAAACCAGAGAGGUGGAAAUGGAGCAUGAAAUAAAACGGCUGAAGCAGGAGAAUCAGAAACUUCGUGACCAAAAUGAUGAUCUGAAUGGACAGAUCCUAAGUCUUAGUCUUUAUGAAGCUAAAAAUCUCUUCGCAACACAAACAAAAGCCCAGUCACUGGCUGCUGAAAUUGAUUCUGCAUCAAGAGAUGAGCUCAUGGAAGCCCUUAAAGAACAGGAGGAGAUAAAUUACAGAUUGCGACAGUAUAUGGACAAGAUAAUUUUGGCAAUCCUAGACCACAACCCAUCUAUCUUGGAAAUAAAGAAUUGAAGAGAAUAUGAGAAGGAAAAGCAGCAACUGCCUGAUAUUUCUGCACAUGCCACUGGAUCUAAACAACACUCUGAUACUGUAAAUUAAUCUAUAAAUAUAUAUAUACACUACGUGUGAGUGUGGGUGCGCGGGUGUGUUUAUAUGAUGUUUGGUACACUGUUAUUUGUCAUUGAAUUGGCUUGGUUAGACUUUUUCCAUGCACUUUCAAUACCUGUGAUAAGAUGGAUACUGUAUAUUAAUGUAAUAACAAUAUAACUGGAUCAUGCUGUUUUAGAUAUUGGACAAAAUGACUCUACCUCUAGUUGUAAAGGUAAAAAAGACAAUGGAAACAUAUGGAUGUGGCCCUAACUUUAGGAGCAAGAAUUGUUCUUUCGUUCUUCCAGGAAUUUGGGUACCGCAAACCAAUUAACAUACCCAGGUUCAGUUCCUGACUGGUGCUGACUGUGUAAUUUCCUAUUUGAUUUAGUUUUAGUACUUAAACUACACGUAGGUUAAAAAAAAAACAAACUUUGGGGAAAAGGAAAGACACAAAGUAAAAGGGAAGAAGAGGAAGAUAUUGCAGAAUUGUUGCUAUUUGUGAAAAAUCACCAUCCACUUGUUUGCCACUGUCAGCACGAAGUGCUUUUUAUGUAAGAUCACUUUGGAGCCUGCUUUGGGAUGCUCUGAGCCAGCCUGCUCUUUAGCGUGUGCACGCGUGUGUAUUUUUUAUGUCAGGGUCCCUGUAGCAUUGAGGCUAAGAAGCUUUUCAAAUCUGUUCCCCUAUUUUCAGGGGUUUACCAUGGGCCAUUAAGAUGAAUUCUGGGAUCCUGCCCCUUCCCUUCACCCUUAAUUUUAAAGAUUUCACUGAAUGAACAUGUUCCAGUUCUUACAAAAAAAAAAAAAAAAAAAAAAAGAAAAAUUGCAUCAAAUAGCUCACUUCAGGGGGAGGAGGAGCAGCAGCCCUUGAAAUUACGUGUUGAGUUGCUUUCCCACCCCAGAUGCUCUGCAUUCCUUUGAGACUGAUAUUUUGUGGGCAAGCUGUGGAGAGGACCUGUUGGGUCCUAACACAGUGGUGGAGAGAAGUCUGAUGUGGAGUGACUUUUACCUAUAGGGCAGUAAAAAGAAAAAGAGCUUGGUCUUGCAGAAGUUACCAAUCCAGACUGAGUACUCACAUGCAUAUCUAAAGCUCUGAAUAGGGAACACAUCCUGAUUUAGAUGAGCAGUUGUGCAGGUGCUUAACUUUAAAUGUGUACUGUGACUGCUCGUAGAAGUCAGUGGGACAGAACAUAAGCUUUAAAGUUGAGUGUAUGCUUAAAUGCUGCCUUAAAUAGGGAUGGACUUCAAUGUGUGCCUGUGUUCUCCUGAGCUGGAUCUGUGUACUGUAGGGCUAGGACCUUUUUAAUUAAUAAUGUAGUUUGUAUAAGGAGCUUAUGGAAUUGUUUGGAUAGUUGAAUGCUUAAAAAAAAUUUUAUUCCAUCCACUUUUUUAAAAGUAAAAAUUUCACACUUUUGAUUCACAGCAACUGGUACAGAAAAAUAGGCCCAAGUAUCUGGCUUUCCCCAAUGCAUAGAGUUGUUUCCACUAUUGAAUACACUCCCCAGAAGAAUGUUACAGUAGCAAUGACUGUGCUUUUCUGUGUAUUUCUUGCUGUUGGCAGUGUCUUGCCCCUAGUAUUCUCUUGAUGUAUCUUGGUGUGUAUAUGUGAUACAUUUUUCCUGAAUCUGAAUACAUAAAACAUGUAUUCAGUUAUGGAUGUAAAUAUAUAUAUAUUUUUCUGCAAUCUCUGUGCUCUUGCCUUCAGUGAUGUGUUACUGGAGUGAUGGGAAGGGGGGGAAGUACUGAAAUCAGGUUUUCUUGAAGGCAAGAAAAUAAAAACAAUUUGUUUCUAUGUAUCUGCGUUAGGCAGGUGUAAAGUAACUGGAAGGCGAAAGGAUCAGAGGAAUAACUAUGGGACACAACACCCCAGUGCACAAAGGUACCUGUAGGACUUCAGUGCUCUGGGAGAAAUGGUACAGUCUUGUUCAAUCAGUGAUGUCUCAGGGCUGGUUUCCUGAGGCUCUAGGGCAAGCCGGAGGAAGGGAUUUAAAGACUACUCCUCUGCCUCCUGGGGAUGGUGUAAAAUGUCCUGUGCUAAAUUGCAGCAGCUUCUGUUUGUGGAGAAGCAGGUGGAACACCAUGGACACCCCACACAUGCACCUUUCCCACCUGCUGCUGCUUCUGGAUGUGCCACCUGUAAGGUAGGAGAGGAACAGUUAAGCCAGCUUGGUGCUACCUACAGCUCCCUGCCUACAGGACUCUUUACCUGCACUUUAGUGAUGGCAUUUCCCUCUGUGUGGUGCUAUCUGUGGGUUGUGCCAAGGACUUUGCUCUUUUUAUAGGCCACAGAGAACUGUUUCAAAUUGUCAGGUGGCUGUUGCUAGCCUGCUGUGACAAGCAGGGCUGGGUGAGCCAGCAGCCCUGCUACUGGAACUGACUGUGUUUGGUAAGUUACACUUCUGUCCCGCUCUCAUGCAGUGGAUUUAAAGACGCAGGUCAGACUGGUGACUGCAUGUUUUCCCCUAAAUAUUUUUAAGUAAACUGGACUUAGCUUCAAAACUCUAAAACCCAUUCCCAUUAGGGUAGAACAUCAGCAAGUGUUGAGGACUAUUUCACUGAAAAUUAUGCUGAGCACUUGGGAAGCAGAGAGCCUGGCUUACUUCACUGAGACCACAGAGCCCAUGGACAUGAACAGAAGAUGACAUGACUGUAGCGAUAGCCAAGUUUUUGUGCAGGUAAUUAUAUGUAAGAGGUGAAUAGUCACUAAUAGUGACAAAUAGUCACUACAUCUAGCUGAAAUCCCGAAAGCGGUAUUCUAGCCAAGGGAACCCAGCAGUGCAUUUUCUAAAGACUUGCAGGACUUCUUUUUUAGCUCUGUACCCAACUGCUUUAGCAUUUAGAAGCUCUUCCUUGCUCCAGUGUUUGUAUUUGAAGAGUUGUCUUACCACCAUGUUGGUGGUGUUUGUAGCUUUGUUUUAUUGCAAAAAGGAGUUAUACUUCUGCUCCUGUGGGGCCCUCAGUGUGGUACUGCUUUCUGUUAUUGUUCAAAUUCAUAUCCAGAUACUUGCUAUGUUUGACAAAUAAUGUUAGUUGGAGGCGAGAGAGGCAUUUCACUGGCAGAUACAUUUUCCUCUAAGGUAUUGACCUCUAAAAAUACUAAUUAGCAAUUGCAUUCUUAGACUGAGUAACUACGGUAACUACAGGUAUUAGACCAGCUUGCCUUGCAGUCCAAGCCUUGGAGAACCCUUCUAUUCCAGAAAAGAAGUCAUCAUGUUUUAUGACAUGCGGGUAACUUGGUAAUAAGGGAUCACUUGAUGGGUCACUGGGGCAAGGAGAAGUGUAAUCUGAUAUUAGUGUUGCAGAGAAUGCAUAUUGUGACCAAGUGUCGGGCAGACACAUUGGCAGAACAGACAGGAGAUGCGGGAGAUAGGGAGGCACUGGUUUCAGUGUCUAUUCUCUGAUAAAUUUCUUACUUUACCGUGGGCUUCCUUUGUGCUCACAGGCCAGCUGGGGAAGUACAGUCUGCCUCUGUGUCAGUGUUACUGUUGGUGGAACAAUGGCUUCACUUCCCUGGGUAAAUAACUUCAAACACAGAAAUGUGGUAUCAUCUUAUUCUAGCAAUACUCAAAUGCAGUAAAUAUUCUUGUGUCAAAACUGUGCUUCUUAUUUAACCCUCGGGGAUGCAAACACAAUCCAAGGUACUGUAUCUUGAUCCGCUGCUUAGUUCAUUCUACUGCAGAUUCUGAAAAGCUAAAUGAUAUUCUGGUCAAACCAGUUGCAAACCACUGCAGGUGGUUUUGUACAGUGAAAAAAACCUACUUGCUUCUGGCUAGAAGCUGUCCUUUGUCAGGCUAAUCCCACACAUAAGCUACUGCAGAAAAAACACCUCUUUCAAGACUUGCACUUAAGAGUACCUGAAAUGUAGUCUCCCAAGAUUUUUCUGAUACUGGCUGCUUCUCUCCAGACAUCAGUCUUCGGCUGCUGCCUAGUUCUGGUUCCAGAGUGUGAUGCUGAUUCAGAACUACCUUGACAUCAAAAGAGUAUUUUUCAGCUUUUUUAAUAACUUCUGUUAAAGACUCAAGCUGUUUGAGAAUUUGUUGUUUUGAAGUGCAACAGUGACAAAACUGUAACCAUCCCAUCUAUUUUUAAGGAGGUUUUAAUAUGCAAAUUUGUAGCAAGUCUCAAAAAAAAUCCAAUACACUUUUGCUGCCAACUUUCCUUUUAUGGUCUUGGGAGAAAUUCAGAUGUUUCUCAGCCAGCUCUGUAGGGAGUUGAACACAGCGUUAUUAAUUCUCAAAGAUGCGUGUAUCAACAAAUAUUUUGCUGUCUGAAUGCAGCAAUGCUCCAUUUACUUUGGUAGAACUGCAUUAGUCUCCAGAGAGGAUCUUGGCCUACAGUAUUUAGGCUCCCUAAUCUGGUUAGUAAUUGAGGGCUUGGAAGCUAAUAUAUAAACAUACGUUGUGGCCUGCUACAUCAGUCACUGUUCAGCAGUCUCUGCAUCAUAGUGCUGGUGACACGUGAUGAAUCUAAGAACUAGAAUUUACAAAUAAAUGAAUACUUUUUCUUCUUCUUUAAUGGCAGUGAACAUACAGUGGUUUUCUCUUAAAACAAAUACUGUAUGGUGUGGUCUGAGGGAUUUUUUCCAAGGAAGGAAGGAAGUAGCAGCUGAUCAAACACUUGCUGAAUCAGUGGCUUGGCUUACAUUGAUUUAAGUGAAAACUUGACUCAAAACUUUAACUGAGCAGUUCCUGGAUUGGUUCUGGUGUUAGUAGCAAUGCUUGUAUUCUUGUUAUGUCAUUUGCUACUCAAGAAACAUUGUCAAGAAGGCAUGACAAGUGAUGUAACACAGCUGAUUUUAAAGGACAUAGCUCCACAGUUGCUGGCGCUUUGUUCCUUUGCAGCAUCCUCGGGGUUUUCUCAGUAUUUUUCAAUUCAAGACAUUGAUCCAAGGAGCAGUUUGCUGUUGAAGCAUGUGGCAUGUGUGGGUUUCUUAUUUAACGAAAUUCUGUGUGUACCUUUAGAGUUUGAUAAGGAUUGCAGUAGGUGUUUGGUCUGAAUGCUGUAAUCCUGCAUAAUGCACGGGGAGUUGCUCUGAUGUGCAAGAGAGUUGUUUCUUUGUGGGAUUCUUCCCCAGUAUAUCUUCUGUUGACACUUACACUCUUGGUCUUGUCCCCUGCUGCUGUGCCCGCUGUCAGAGUGUCUGCGUGCCUUGGGGCAGCCACUUUGAGCAGAUGGGAGGGACAAACACAAUAUUCUUGACUUCAGUACGGCUUUAGCUACUGAGAUGAAGAAUUUUAGCCCUGUCUUUAUACCAGGCCAGUCCUGUCCACAUCUUUUGUGUGGUCCUGAAAACAAGUUGUGUCCCAUCUACAUGACAAAAUGUUAUAGCUGAUUCUUGUGAUAUGCGAGCAAGUAGGGUGAAUAAGCCUGAAGUCCAUCCAGGUAAGGUAUCAUUGGGACAUCCCCAUUAAGUUUUGCCUUGAUUCUGUAUAGCUGUCCAAUUGCAUGCUGUACUUACACACUCUGUUUGCAAGGCGCGACGCAGCCCUACUAGCUUAGCCUAGCAAGCAUACCUUAUACAUAAUGACAGCAGUUAUUAAGUUAGAAAAUCUGCAACGAGGGUCCCUGUACCAUAGUUUGCCACAGUGUGGAGCCAGCUGACAGUGCUACAUUGUGUUCCAUAAACUUUUUUUUUUUAGCUUACUGGCCUAAGUCUCAAAGUUUUGUUCAACUGGGAAUAGUACCUAUUCAAACAUACAAUUAGAGAGAGAUUGCUUUUUACUUAAGCUUUAUACCUAAUGAAAACAUAUAUUAACAAACAUGGACUUCUAUUUAACAAACAUAUAUAUAAUUUACACGUUUCUUUCCCAAAUUAAGUAAAGGUGGCCCAUUCACCUACAUCAAAACCAGUAGUUAUUUUCCACUUUAGCAAAAUAGAUGACAAUUCCAAUUAAAAUAUUUGAUGUCCAAUUAAAGAUAAAUGAUGCAUCAUGACUACAAGUUCCUCUUAUCCAUCCCUACCUUUAUCAUUUACCAAGGAUGAUCCUUCUAAUUACCCCAGGGGCUAACCCUAAUCCUAGUCGUCGUAAGACAGUUUAGUUGUACCCUUGAUGAUGUAAGAAAAAGGAUAGAAACAGACUUUAUUGGGAAAGAUAAACAGUACAACUACAAUCACUACUAUCUACUACAAUAAAAUUAUGACAAUCAUAUAUUAAGUUCUUACAAUGGUUCUUGACUGACUCGUAAAUAUAUACAUAAUAUCUACCGAGGUAAAUAAUGCUUUGUUUAAUAAAUAACAAGCAACCUUUUCUUGCCAGGAAUUGGAGAGUCCCAAUGUUUUUAACACUUUGUAAUUGCCUUGAUACCAUUUUCCACGCACUCCCACAGGAAAUCCCUUGAAUUUAAUAUCCUUUGCGUUUGUCAGUUCCUGAAUUUGAUCUUUGAGGUGUUGGUAUUUCCUUACUUUCUCUGCCGCCAUGUCUGCCAGUGAUGUUGAUUUACUUUCAUUUAGAAUUGUGAUGUCCACAACUAGUGCUUGAUCCCCCUUAAUGAAUAUGAGAUCAGGUUUAUGUAGCUAAUUUUGUUUAUCUUUUAGCAUAGGCUCUUGAAAUGUUAUCCAAACUUUCUUUUUGGCUUCCCGUAUUAGUAUUUCACAUAGUUGGUUAUGUCUUUUUAUCCUGGCAUCUUGUACCAUGGGACAGUAUCCGAUGGUAUGUGCUGCACAUGUUUCAUUCUCAGCUUGACAAUGUCAAAAAGCCUUAACUUGUAACUCUUGUCUUCCCCUUGCUAGGAAUUCCCUUGUGGGAUACACGUUUGCUCUUAAUUGUAGUGCAGUGAUGAGUUUUCUGUGGGGAAUGCCUCUAUAAUGUUCAAUCCAGCUGUUACUGAUUUUAUCCUUCUCAAAGUUGGUAAUUCCAUGGCCCUGGGACAGCAGCUUGGUCCAAUUCAUAAACUCUUGUUUUCUCCAGUUACACAGUUUAGGAAAGAUAGGUUUUGGAGCUGGUAACUCCCAUUCUGAAGAUGGUUCAUCAUCGCCCAAUUCCUCUGAUAUUAACAUAACCGCCCUUGGGUCCCAAAUAGAUGGAAUUUUAUUCUUGUCUCUUCCAGCUAUAACCCAUAAUUUUUCAAAUUCUUUUUUGAGCCCCACUUGUUUUACAAUUGUUCUUGUUGUUUCAUCCAAAGACUGCGCAAUUCUGUGCAGUCUUCAGGCUUGUACACAGGGGAUCAGACCAGAGAGUCUGGUAAUACCUAAACCUCCAUCACACGUGCUGGAAUAUAGGAUGGCAUCACAGGUACUUGCUGGUAGAUGUAGCCGUUUCUUGACCGCUGUUCGAAUUGCAAGGUCAAGUGUUCUAGGUACAUUACUUUUACAUCAGCUUGGUCUGCUAAGUAGAUCAAUCGUGGGAUAGUAUAUCCCUUCAAGAUGUCUACCUUCUGAAGUGGUUUCAAAGAAGCUUCUCCUAUCUGUUUAACCAAUCCUUUAUCUUCUCCCGUAGUUCUGGUUUUGAUAUUCCAGUCCAUGGGUCUACACAUAGUCCCAAGUACUUUUCAGAAAUACCAGGUUCAAUCAUAUUAAGGAGGGUGCCAUUAAUUAGCCACAGAGGACAGUCAUUGAUUGUAUAUGAGUCCUGUGUAAGUUGAAUAUAAAAAACAUGGCAUUUCUCCCCCUGUGUCUUGAGGCCUGUCAAGUCACAGAAGACCUCUAAGAUUAUAAAAUUCUUCUGCAUUCCGUCCCAUGAUCCACUCAACUGUACUAAGUCACCUGCAAAAGCCAUGGUUGUUACGUGUUUCGAGCAGUGUUGGAAUCCAUUUCCCUCUUCCUCUAACUUGCAGAGUAGGGGAUCCACAGAUAAGUUAAAUAACAAUGGAGACAUUGGAUCACCUUGUUUCACACCAAUUUGAAUCCCAGUAGGACUCAACUGCUCAUUCCUCAUAUCAAUAUGAGUAUUGAUGUUUCGAUACAGAUUCAUAAUCAGGGUGAUAAUAUGAUUGUCCACACCCUUUUGUCUCAGAGCCAUAAUGAUGUGAGAAUGGCUCACGGUGUCGAAGGCUUUGGCUAGGUCAAUGAAGAGUGCUCCUGGAGUCGAUGUUCUUUCUUGGCAUUCUUAAUCAAAAAUUGUAAUAAUUUUAAAUUUUCUGCACACCCUGCUGAUCUAAUAAAUCCCCUUUGUCGCAGAUUAAUGGGGCACGCCUUAGUCACUCUUGCUGUCAGGAUCCUUGAGAAUAAUCUCAAGAUAAUUGAUCUGAUGGUAAUUGGUUGCCAAGUAUUGACGUCCUGCUGGCACUCUGGCAAGGAUGAUUUUGAUAUUAACACAGUCUGACAUUCUUUUACCACGUCUGGUACAGUGCCAGAUACCAAUCACAGAUUGAAUAGCUCCAUCAGUUGGGUAAAGUGAGGGUCUAUCUUGAUGAUAUCCCUCAAGCUUAGUCCAUCUGGUCCUGGUGCUGUGUUCUUGUUCAUCUCUGUGAUAGUUUUAGAGAUUUCUUUCACCGCGAUCAUGGCUUUGAAUGCCGAGUUGUCUGCCUGACCAAUGGUUCUGAACGCACCUAGGCCCUUGAAUGUUACCGGCAAUUCCCACCUCAACUUGAACACCUCUUGUACCUCAUCUUGUGGGAUACUGCACCUCAGGGAUUCCACAUCAUCCAGGAUGAUACUGGCAAGUUUCCCUCUAUCCUGGUAAAACAGCUGCUGGAAUCGUAGGAAUUGCCCCUGCUUUACAGCUCUCUUCUUCAUCCACUCCUUUGGUGGUUCCAAAGUACGAGUUUUCCGGUCCAUUUGAUGCUGUUGACCUUGGCUUGCUUUCAACUCAGUGGACUUCGUGAACAGGUGUGAAUAGCAAUCCUCAAUCACCUCAUCAGCUAGUGCUGAAGGAGCAUCUUUCCCUUCAAUCACCUUUUCAAAGAUUCCCUGAAGAAUGGGCAGUUUUCAGAUGUUAACCAUUCAGAGAUUACCCUCCAAUAAUGAGACCUCAGUCCUCCAUCCACCUGUGGUCCAAUGUUUGCAAGAUGUUCCCCCUCUUUUCUAGCCGUUUCUUCCAAUCUUGAUCUUUUUCCCUUUUCACCAGGCUCUUGUGAAGACCCCUUCUUUUAUCACUUAUCUGUUUGGUUGUUUUUGACGGAAUAUAUUCCGCAAUCAACUUAAUGAUGUUUUUACUUCCCUCAUGCUGUUUAUCCAACUUCCUCAAUAACUCCACCUCCUCUUCCAUCACUGCUGAUGUACCCCUCUGGCAGUACCCACUUUAGGGCAAGUGGCAGCAAUCCGCUCAACAUUUCUCAUAACUGAAUGGGCCAAGUUCUUAUGUUGCCCCAGGCCGAUUUUUUCAUCUCAAAUGUCCUCUUGCAUUCCUCACAUUUCCAACCCUUCACAGGGGCAGCUUCCACAACCCCCUUGCACUUCAGAAAAUGGCAGGCAAUACUAUGGUGUUUCACAUUAGUUCUCCCACGCUGAGCACAUUGGAACAAGAUCUUUUUCUUCCCAUGUGCUCUCUUUAGAUGUUCAAUCAAACCCGAUGUUUUUCCUAUCCUGUUUCCACAGCAUGGACAACAUGGAUUUUUGUCAGGGAUCUUUACCACCGGUAUACCCCCAGCUGGCAAGUCACCACUGGGGCCCAGGAUAGGGGUCGAUAGCAAUAGUAAAAGUCCUAGCCAUGGCUCCAGGAGGUAGGAGUUCCCCCUCCUUUUCACUCUCUUUCUCCUGUAGAGAUGGACUGAUAACAUUGCCCCUGAGGCUCAAGGAGACAGGUACCUCAUAUACCUCUGGUAACAUGGCCAGAUUGUCAGUCAAAGUAGAAGAAUGCUGGCACUCUAAACCAGUCAUCUCUGAGUUGACAAACUCCAAUCCCCUCAAAUCAAACCUUGCUUCCAGCUGCUUCUCGUGGUCUUUGAUGGUAUGAAUGACCACAUUGUCUCGCAAGUCCAAAGGACUUGUUUGUGUGGCCACCGAUACGAAUGCAAUUUGCAUUGGCUGACUCAUUUUCCCAAUCCAAGAUUGAGGGUAAGUAUAAGCUGGACAGUACCACCCUCAAGGGCCAUCAGACUGGGCCCAACUACACCCCUGGGCACAGGUGUUGGGCAACGAUAGAGAACUGGUGCCAGAAAUCUGUUUCACCUUAAGAAAAGUACUAUCGAGUGGUUGGUGGAGCCAGUCAAUAGGGAGGAAGGAGCCAUAAUUCCCACUCUGGGCAGAGAUCAUCUUGGUUACCCUGAAGUGCAUCCAGUGGGACCACAUGCAGGUGUGACCUCUGCAGCUCUGCCCAGUGAGUAACUAUGAUCCCAUCUUAAGACAGUCAUAGUUACUCCCAUAGUUUGGACACCUACCCCAAGAAUCUGUAUUUCUUUUUUAUGUAGGUGUUGUAAGUGGUGCAGCUGUGACAUCUGAGCUGUCAGCUUUCGCAUCACCAUUCUCAGCAGAGUGACAUUCAUCCUGGCAACCUUCCAUAAAGCCCAUUGUGCCCUGGCAAAGGGCAUGGAGGUGAUUGUUUUGGCAGACACACGUUUGAUAUGCAGACGGUAAGGGGUGCAGGAGGGCUGCACUUACUCUUCCACCCAGACAGUUGGAAGAGUGAUCUUCUUACACUACCCAACAUCAGCCCCAUUUUAUUUAAUACCUUACCCAUAGCUAAAUUAUUCUGGCUUUGGAGAAAGGAAGUCAGAAGGGGAACCAAGAAUUUUAUAUCAUGUGAACACUUUAGUAUGCUACAGGGCAGUAAAUGUUGCACUGACGGUAUGUUUAAAUACUGAGAUAUUUUGAGAAUUACUGUAAAAUCAUUGUGGGAGCCAUUUGGUUUGCUUUGUUGCACAGACUGUACUUAUAUUUUUUGCAUGGUUACAUAUUUUAGUACUUGUGCCUUUUACUUCUCUGUUGAUACAUUUUUUUUUUCACAUUUUAUCUCCUAUUCUGGGCACUUUUGAUAUACACUUUUUUCAUUUGAUCUUCAUCUCUGGUUUUCAUGUGAUGUACAUGUGUAUAUAUAAAAUAGAUCAGAUUUGUAUUCAUGUGCCUCUGAGAUGUAAAAAAUACUCAUUUUGUACAGGUUUUUUUAGAAGCACUAGGUCAUGGUCUAAAUUAUGUAGCAAAGGAAAUUUAACAUAAUUAGCAGUUCUUUGUCUUCUUUUAGAAAUGUUGUGUCAGAUGGCUGGUCUCUUUUAUAAGGCAAUGUCACACACACACUCCCCAGAUUUAUUGUUCUAGUAUCGUUAUGAGACCAAUUCUAUCCACUUGUUGGUUUCGGUUAAUUCAAAAUAAUAAAACACCUAACUAAAUGUAAUGGUCCUGACUUGACAAUUAUAGUUUUUAUUCACACUAAAGCCAAUUUGCUGCUUUUUAUACUUGAAAUGGACACCAGACCAAAAUCUCAUUUGAACACGUUGCCCAUUUCAGGUUAACUUCAGUUCUGGGAUUAUUUUUGUGAGAGUGGGCAAGUGAUUUACUUUGCCCAUUGAAACGGAAAGAGAAAUAGCAUUAUCAAUUCAUAGACUCUCCCUCUUAGAGAGGGUAAAAUGUUUUAGAUUACUUCUGUUCCCUCCCUGGCUUCUGUGGCAGCUUUUCCUAAGGACAGACCCUGGACCUGCAUGACUGGAGAUUGUCCUCUUGCAGAUGUGAGAAAUUGGGUGUCUCACUUUUUUCACAUUUUGGCAACUGUGGAAUAAACUCCUUCCCUUGGUGUUUGUAGCACAGCACUCUCCUGCAGCAUUUGGGAAGCUAAAUAGAUGUUGUGAGACUGGGCCAUCUGUAAUUCUGGCAACCAGGCCCGGUCCUAGAAGUGUUCUUCCCUCCCACCAACCUCUUCUUGAGUUGGUGCUUUCAUUUCUUGAGUGUUGACCCCCUCAUCUGGUGAGAUGCAUGAAUUGUUCCCUCUCUCUCACCUUGUGGUUUAUCAAUACCCAAUCACCAGCCCCUGGACACAGUGAGAUAAUAAAUUGUGGUAAGUCACAAGAAAGAAAUCAUCAAUAUCCCCUAAAUCUCCCAAAACACAAAGUUUUGAUCUAUAAAAUAAUAUGUUCCAUUCUCAUGGAGCAGAAUUUUUUUAACUGAAUUUGGUACCCACUUGACAGAUUAUAAAGCUGCCUUAGAAGCAAGGAGGUGGUUUUAUUUUUUACUUCAAAGGCUGCUUGGUAUGAAAAUGAGCAAAGUCCACUCGCUCUAUUGUUACUAAAAAAACCUGAAAAAAGCAGCCAGCAAAAGUGGCAUACGACUAUUUUUAAUCUCGUUCUGUAACUUACAACACAAAAGUGAAGUGAUGUCAGUACUGUUGCAAUGUGCCGUUACACUAUUUUCUCUGUAUUUUCUUGGAAUACUUUCUGGGGACAAUAAAGCUGUUCUUGCUCAUGUGGAUCCUUUCAGGUAGCUGUAAUGUACAAUCAGAUAUGUAAAUAAAUUAUUUGCUUUCCCUGCAUGACUAAAA